AUGGACACGACUAUCUACAGUGGCGAUUGCCGACUAUCCGUCUUCAACAUCUCUUCUCAAGGAUUAUGGGAGAACCUAAAAUCGCCCGAUGUGAUUUUCGGGUACUCGCUGCCUCUCCUGGAGAUGCAAAUACUACUUAUAUUCUUCUUCAUUGUCAUGUCUCACAUGUUCCUUAGAUGCAUCGGCAUUUCCCAGAUCGCUUCAUAUAUGAUUGCUGGAAUUAUUCUAGGGCCUCAGCUUUUGGAUGUUCUAGAGAAAUCUUCCGGGAAACUAUCCGUGGAUCCUGCGUUGGAUGGAACCGCCAUGUUAAGAUGCAUCUCGGUGUUUGGAAGCCUAAUGUUUACGUUUUUGAUGACUGUUAGAACCAGCCGGCGAAUAGCGUUCCACAGCGGAAAAUUACCUGUUGUGAUCGGGAUCGUGUCCUUCUUUGCUCCUCUGUUUGGUCUCGGUUUCAAAAACGUCUUCUCUAACAGCAUUGACCCUCACUACAUGCCGCUAGAUAAAGCCCUAGGUGAACGCACUGCAAUAGUCAUAACCCAAUCUGCGAUACUUUUGCCUUCCACAACAUUUAUCUUGCUAGAGCUCAAUAUCCUCAACUCCGAGCUUGGUCGCCUUGCAUUGUCCGCUACUGUCAUUAAUGACAUCUUGGGGAUAUUUUCCAUGGUACUCGCCUCUAUACAAGCAACCUACGUGCAUGUUUCACAUGUCACAGCUUACCGUGACAGUGUCGCGGUGUUCAUCUUUAUUCUCAUCGUCUUUCUUGUUUUUAAGCCGAUUGUGCAAUGGGUCAUUGACCGCACACCAGAAGACAAGCCUGUGAAGAAUGUAUACGUUCAUGCCGUGAUUCUGACAGCAUUUGCUUCUGCUGCUUAUUUUUCGUUCUUCAACAUGAAAUACAUCUUGGGACCAUUAAUGAUCGGCCUCAUCAUACCGGAAGGUCCACCGUUAGGAUCGGCCUUGGAGGCUAAGUACGAGAAGCUUACGAUGAACAUAUUCUUACCAAUCUCAAUCACAGUCAGCACAAUGAGAUGUGAUGGAAUAAGGAUCUUAACCGAGUUUAAUGACAUCUUCGUCAACGUCUUCCUAACAGUUUUAACACUUGUCCUAAAACUGGUCGCAUGUCUUGCACCUUGCUUGUACUACAAGCUACCUCUCAAUGAAUCUAUUGCUGUUUCUCUCAUCUUAAGCUACAAAAGUUUCUCUGAUUUCAUUCUCUAUGAAGCUGUAUUGGAUGACACGUAUAUAUCGCAGGCCACAUACGCGUUCUUGAUCAUUUAUUCGUUACUAAAUGCUGGGAUUGUCCCUCUGGUCUUAAGGAGCAUGUACGAUCCGAAACGAAAGUACGUUAAUUACCAGAAAAGGGACAUACUGCACCUAGAACCAAACUCACAUCUUCGAAUCCUAACUUGUUUGCACAAACCAGAAAACGUCUCUGAGAUCAUUGCAUUGCUCCAAUUGUUAUCCUCCCCAAACCUAGAUUUCCCGAUCGCGGUCACAGUUCUUCACCUCGUAAAGCUCGUUGGUCAGAUCAAUCCUAUCAUAGUAUCACACAACAAGAAAUUGAAACGACUUAACAACAACUCUUACAUCCAUACCGCAAAUCUUGCAUUCAGAAAGUUCAUGCUAGAAAGCUUAGAGUCCGUAACCGUGACAACGUUCACCGCCUUCUCUCAUGAGAACUUGAUGCAUGAAGAUAUUUGCACACUCGCACUUGACCAGCAAACAUCGAUGAUUGUCCUACCGUCGGGGAGGAAAUGGUCCAUCGAUGGAAUAUUUCAGUCUGACGAUAAUUCCAUAAGAAAUUUAAACCAGCAAUUGCUAGACAGUGCGCCUUGUUCUAUAGGCAUACUAGUGGACCGCGGGCAGUUCUCACGAAAAAGUAUUGUAACAAGCAAAAAAAUGUACAACAUUGAUGUUGGUGUGGUCUUCAUUGGAGGCAAAGACGAUCGAGAGGCACUAUCGCUGGUAAAAAAGAUGAAACAUAACCUUAGGGUCCGUGUAACCGUGACCCGACUCGUAUUCAACAAUGACGUAGAGCCAAACUGGGAUAACGUUCUGGAUAAUGAAGGUUUAAAGGAUGUAAAGGUUCGAGAAGAAAUCAAUGAUAUUGUUUAUAUAGAAAGGGUUGUGACCAGUGGUGCAGAGGUAGUCACCGUUGUCCGAUCGCUGGCUGAAGAGUACGAUCUUAUGGUUGUUGGGAGAGAUCAUGAUAUGACAUCAAAAGAAUUGUCAGGACUAAUGGAGUGGGUCGAACUUCCAGAGUUAGGUGUCAUUGGGGAUUUGCUGGCAGCUAGAGAUCUCAACUCUAAUGUCUCGGUUUUAGUAGUUCAGCAACAACAACAACAAGUGUGA